AUGGAAGCCGCUUCGGCGAGGAUGGCGUCAAGAAACCAAUUCGACGGUUUCGCGCCGCCGCGGUCGACGCUCCAGCGAUACAUUUACAAUGCCUGCGAUCCUAUAACCAACCUCGAGCCCAAUCUGGCGUUGAACCUCGAGAUCGUUGACCUGAUCAAUUCCAAGAAGGGAAAUGCACCUCGCGAGGCUGCCAUGACCAUUGUCCAACUUAUCAACCACCGAAACCCUAACGUCGCCCUGUUGGCGCUGGCCUUGUUGGAUAUCUGCGUGAAGAAUUGUGGCUAUCCCUUCCAUUUGCAGAUAAGCACAAAAGAAUUCCUCAAUGAACUCGUGCGGCGGUUUCCCGAACGACCUCCUAUGCGGCCUAGUCGUGUUCAGUCCAAGAUCCUGGAAGCGAUUGAAGAAUGGCGACAAACCAUAUGUCAGACGUCGCGGUACAAGGAAGAUUUGGGCUUCAUAAGAGACAUGCAUCGACUGUUGUUGUACAAAGGCUAUAUGUUUCCAGAGAUACGCAAAGAAGAUGCCGCCGUACUCAAUCCGAGCGAUAAUCUACAGUCCGCGGAAGAGAUGGAGGAGGAAGAACGAGCAGCACAGUCUGCGAAACUGCAAGAACUGAUACGGCGUGGACGGCCUCAGGACCUCCAAGAAGCUAAUCGACUGAUGAAAGUGAUGGCUGGCUAUGACACGAGGCACAAGACGGAUUAUCGCGCAAAGGCGGCGGAAGAGGUCGCCAAAGUUCAACAGAAGGCCAGGCUUCUGGAAGAGAUGCUGCAGGGCCAUAAAGAAGGUGAAAAGUUUGGUGAUGGCGACGUCUACGAAGAACUAGCCGCAGCGCUGCAAAGUGCCCACCCCAAGAUUCAGAAGAUGUGCGAAGAAGAGUCCGACGAUGCCGAGGCGGUUGCCAAACUCCUCGAGAUCAAUGACAGCAUCCAUCGGACAAUAGAGAGGUACAAAUUGAUGAAGGCUGGCAAUCUGGAGGCUGCCAACAAAAUCGCAAAGGGUACAUUGGGAACAACAACAGGAGUGGGAAAGAACGCCGCGAACGAGUUGUCCUUGAUCGAUUUCGACCCGGAGCCGCCAGCUGGGCCGGCAGCAUCAGAUACAAACGGUUCCCUCCUCGACGCCGGCACGGCCAGUGCUCCCUCGACACAGCCCUCCAAGCCGCACACAGUAGAAGACGAUUUGCUGGGGCUCUCACUGUCUGAUCCCAGCCCUUCACCUUUAGGAAUGAUUUCUCUCGGACCAAGCAGUACGACUGGAGCAUUCAGCAGCUUCAGUCAGCCGAGUCCACAGCUAUUCUCACCGACCCAGCCUCCACCGCCUGAACAUGCGGCAUCACCAAAACCUAACUAUGAUGCCUUUGCAUCACUCACCAGCGCCUUACCGUCCUCGAAGCCUACGACGCCAGUACCUGCUGUCCAGCAGACACGGGCUCCCAGUCAAGCACAUAACGAUCCUUUCGCAGCUCUUAUUGCCUCGACUUCAAGUUCUCGCCCGUCAACACCACAAAAUGCCAACAAAUCGCAGCCUAUGUCGCAAUUCCCCUCAGCGCCUAAACAACCUGCUCCUCAACAAGGUGAAGAGGAGUGGACGACGUUUGAGUCGUCAUUGCCCGAGACGAGUGUAGUGAAAGUACUCUCAUCCUCGGUGGAGAUACUGUUUGAACCACGUCGGCAACCAGGAGAGUCCACGAUUCACAUAACGGCGCGUUUCUCCAACACCACGAAUCAACGCAUCACGGGUUUGCAAUUCUUUGUGGCCGUGGAGAAAGCUUACUCGCUGGAGGUGAAACCACAAAGUGGGCGCGAGAUGCAGCCCCAAGCACGGAAUGCAGUCCAACAAGAAAUACUCCUGAAGGGAGUCCCUCUUGGAAAAGGUAAUUCGGUCAAGAUGAGAUACAAAGUGACCUAUGAACUGAACGGCCAGCCGCGGGAGGAACAGGGCAAUGUACCGUCAUUGGGGAUUAGUUAG